CUUACUGACAAAGUCGGAUUGCUUCAUCGGACCUCAUGAAAUCCCCCUCCUCCAGUGCUACUUUGACUGGAACACCACAAGACGGAAACAAUCUCAUUGAAGCCUAUCAUCAAACAUGGAUCCUUCAACGCUAGCCAUCCCUGCAGUGAUAUUUCUCUCGUUUCUCUUCAUCCUAACACAGCGUCGGAAACACAGCAGACAUGGCCAGAAUGGGAGACAGCCACCGCCAGGUCCACCGGCUCUGCCGAUCAUCGGUAACCUCCAUUUUUUGGGUCAACUCCCCCACCGCGACCUUCAAUCCAUGUCCAGAAAGUAUGGACCCAUCAUGUCCUUUCGGUUAGGACAAGUACCGGCGGUGAUAAUUUCCUCAUCGGAAGCCGUCCAAGCGUUGCUCAAGGCCAACGACGCUGUUUUUGCCAGCCGUCCCAGGCUUCAAGCCAACGACAUCCUUACCUAUGGAUCCAAAGGCAUCGUAUUUUGCCAGUAUGGACCUUACUGGAGGAACAUGAGGAAAUUGUGCACCUUGCAUCUUCUCAGUGCGUCAAAAGUGGAGUCUUUCGCUCCUCUGAGGAGGGAAGAGUUGCAGGCCGUUGUCAAGUCCCUUGAAGAAGCUGCGGCGGCGCGUGAGGUUGUAGACGUGAGCCAGGUUGUGUCCGGGCUUAUAGAGAACAUUGUCUAUAAAAUGAUACUGGGGUGUCACAACGCUGACUUACUUGAUUUGAAGGUGUAUAUUCACGAAGCAAUGAGGCUCACCGGUGCUUUUAAUCUAGCGGAUGUCGUGCCUUGGCUUGGGCGAUUUGAUCUUCAGGGACUGAAACGAGCCAUCACAAAAAUCAGUAAAGCAUUUGACGAAAUACUAGAGAAGAUAAUUGAAGAGCAUGAAGGUGCUAUUAACUCACCAAAGGACCGACAAGACUUCAUAGACAUACUGCUCUCAUUGAUACACCACGCCGUGGAUGGACAAAACUAUGGCAUUGAACGAACCAACAUUAAGGCUAUUGUACUGGACAUGAUUGCUGGGGCAUUCGAAACUUCUACCUCUGUCAUUUUGUGGGCCUUAUCUUCACUGAUAAGGCAUCCUAGGGUUAUGAAAACCCUUCAAGAAGAGCUGGAAACUGUGGUUGGAAGGAACAAAAUGGUGGAAGAGACAGACUUAGCAAAGCUUCAUUAUUUAGAUAUGGUGAUCAAGGAGACCCUGAGAUUAUACCCUGCAGGAGCAUUGAUCCCUCGAGAGUCAACGGAGGAUGCGGUAGUUGGUGGUUACUAUGUGAAGAAAAACACUCGAGUUCUAAUCAAUAUGUGGGCAGUAGGACGAGAUCCUAAGGUCUGGUUUAAUGCCGAAGAUUUCUGUCCAGAGAGAUUUGUUGAGAAGAAUGUUGACUUUCGAGGACUUGACUUUGAGUUCAUACCGUUUGGAUCUGGUCGCAGAGGAUGUCCUGGGAUACACAUGGGUUUGGUUACAGUUAAAUUCGUCGUAGCUCAAUUGGUUCAUUGCUUUAAUUGGGAGCUUCCGUUGGGACAGGAUCCGAAUGAAUUGGACAUGAGUGAGAAAUUUGGCUUGUCACUCCCAAGAGCCAAGAACCUGUAUGCUGUGCCAACUUCUCGCAUUAAGUCCCAUUAAAACUUGUUUGGAGUGCCCUGUACCGACGUACAAUAAAUAUGAUAUGUAGAGUGGCUAGUUUAAUAUUAC